GGUAACUACAACCUUUUCUAUACAAUAUAAAAGAAACUUCCAUUUCUCUCUCAUUUCAACAGUUGCCCUACACAGCGCAGGACUUAUACAUUUCUUCUUUUCAUAGGACCUCCCACUUUUACACUCCAUUCAAACAACUCACCAAUCCUCUUGGUUUAUAUCUUCGAAUCGCAAUGGAUAAAAAUGGCAAAAAGGUCGUCAGGACCGGAGUGAAUGUCUUCGUCUUUAAUAAAAAAGGUCAAUUCGUGAUGGGACUCAGAAAGGGCAGCCAUGGCGAAGGUACCUGGGGUCUUCCUGGCGGCCACAUAGAUUUCGAAGAAGAAAGCCUCGAGGCUUGCGCAAAGCGCGAAAUUCACGAAGAGACGGGCUUCAAUAUCGAAGAUAUCGAAUUCCUCACUGUUACAAACGAUGUCUUCAAGGAGGAGAAAGAGAAGAAGCACUACACUACCAAUUUCUUUGCGGCCAAACUUGAGGGUGGCACAGGUGACGCUGAGCUUAAAGAACCGCACAAAUGCGAUGGAUGGAAAUGGUUCACCUGGGAAGAUGUCAAGGAGCUUUAUGAGGCACAAGAUGCUGCUGAGAAAGCGGGCAGGGUGUCUGAGUUUGAAGGGGAGAAACUGUUCCUCCCCACGAUGAACUUGUUCCGGCAACGAGCAAAGAUUCAUCCACUGGAGGCAUAUAACGGGAUAAUGAGAAACGAAAACAAGAAGUCUGUGGUCGAUUCCGUGUCCGAUCUUCUGUCUGCUCAUGACUCGCUCGAUGAAUGCUGUAAUGGAGGAGUCAAGGCAGAUUGAAUGACAUACGCUAUGGUUUUCGACGCCAGUUGGAAACCAGUCCAGGAUGUUUUUUUCUUUCUUUCUCUUUGAUCUGCGACAUGAAAUACGACGAUACGCUUCCAAUUACGACGAAUUGUUUCUACUUACUUCCUUCACCUUUAACAACUUGUGCCUCUUCGUGUGCUAGUCACCCUAUUUACGCUUGCUAUCACUUUUAAUGUGAACUAUGAAGACGUUGUCAUUAUUUUGAGUCAUUUCUAAUAAACUGAAGCAUAGAAGGUGGUAUAAUA